CCGUACUACUAUGGCGUUCACGUUAUGAAAGUCAUUUUUUCGUGUGUUGGGUGUAAUUGAUAAGCAGUCGGUGUUUGGAAAAAAAAAUAAGGAAUGACAGAGGUAGCGGUGUUGAUUCCGGUGUGAUUUUGUAACAGUGUCAAGUUAUGCAACUCUGACGUGAUGAAAAGAGAGGAGCUUUCUAUGAGAGAUGACUCAGAUGUGGCGUUCUGUGAGUGAGGCCUUAUGGGCGAUGUGUGCGGCUGACGCCAUGUCCAUGCCUGUCCAUUGGUACUACAAUAUUGAUGACAUCAAGAGAGACUUUGGUGGCUGGAUUUCUGGCUUCAAUUCACCCAGAACUAAACACCCGAGCAGUAUCCUCAGCCUGUCCAGCACAGCUGGUAGCGGCCGCACUUCUUGGUCAUCUACUGCCAGUCAACAGGAGGUGGUGGGUAACGUCAUUCUUCAUGAUAAAUUGCGAUUUUGGAAAUCCUCUGGUGGCUCCACCCAUUAUCACCAAGGUACCAUUUGCCAGGUAUGAAAGCAGGUGACAACACACUCAAUGUCCUCUGUGCCCUCCGAGCUGCUCACACACUCGCCAGUGGUGGUUAUGCGGACACCUCGCAUCCUGAUGCUCGAGCUGCAGUGCUGGUGGACUACAUUCAGUUCUUGACCACACCUGGCACGCACAGUGACACCUAUGCGGAGUCCUUCCACCGCUCAUUCUUCGCUGAUUGGAAAGAGAGCAGGGCAACAUCAAGCUGGGAGAUUCUAAAGUUUGCGGAGAGACGUUCAAAGCUGAAGCUUUGCUCCUCGCUCCCCGACAGCCAGCUGGACGCCAUCGGCUGCCUUCCCAUGAUCCUGCCUUUCAUUCUGCUGUCAGCCUCAAGUAGUGAGGUGGAAGCUGUUUCCGCUGCAGUUGAGUUUGUGAAGCUCUCCCACCCUCACCCCCGUGUGCCUGAAUAUGUAUCCAUCUACAGUAGGGCAUUGCAUGCGGUGCUGGGGGGCGCCAGCGUCUGCCAGCAGGCCGAACGUGCACUCAGGGCGCUGGGAGUCUGGGAAACCUGCAAGAAGUACAGUCAACAGGCUUCCAGGUUUCCUGAGUCGUCUGAAGAACGGCUGCGCGUCCAUCAGAGUGCCGUCAGUGACCUCGGCCUUGCCUGCUACACAAAAGGAGCGCUUUCCAGCAUGCUCUACCUCGCUCACCAGUUUCAUGACGACCCCACAGCAGGAAUCCUGGCCAACACCAACUGUGGAGGGGAGAAUUGUAACCGCGGAGCAGCACUGGGCGCCCUGCUAGGGGCAGGAGGAUCAUAUACCAAUGCAACCAUCCCUCAGGACUGGAAGGACAAGUUGAGGGAUGCACAGGACUAUAUCCCUGACAUACUCAAGUAUCUGCAGCACUGAGUUUAGGGACUGUUAACAGAGCAACACCUGCAAGAUGCUUGACUGGUAUCAAUCCAAAGAAACCGCUACUUCAGUAUAUUUGAUGAGUCCAGUCUUCUGCUACUCUACAAAUGCAAAGGUUUAUAUUAAAUAUUUUCUUUUUAUGUAACAACUAUAAACAUGCAUUGCUAUGUCAUGAGGGAAUACAAAUGGUCCAAAACAAACCAUCAACAAAACAAUCCUUUGCUCUAAAGUCCAAACAGACAAAACCAACAAAGCCAAUCUGUACUUGGACAGUUUACACACGGCAGUGUUCACGUGUUUCAUGUCCGUUCGUGACCUUUGUUCUGAUCAGAAUAAAAAUGGCCACCACAAGCAGACACACAAAACCUCUCUUCUUCCUCGGACUUCUUGUGGCUUCAAUCCCAGCAUGCAAAGGCAUGUUUCUGGGGAGACCUGAAGCAAGCACUUUCCUUCAUCGAACCCGUCGAGCCAACUUCCUAUUCGAGGAGCUGAAACAAGGAAACUUGGAGCGCGAAUGUUUGGAGGAGAAAUGCUCCUAUGAGGAGGCCAAGGAGAUCUUCG